UCUUCCUGUACAGCACAUUUAUAAUAUUUAAGCCCAUUGUCUGCUGGUUUUCAGAAAUCCAUUAAUCGGUUCCAUAGAGUUAUUAACCUACACACAGCCUGAUGCUGCUGAGAGAUAUUGAUGUCACUGCUCGAAUAAUUGUCAUCUCCCAUGAUAAAAGAUCCUGGCGGUAUGAUAGAGAGGAUUAACUGGUUUUAUCUGGGAUUAAAGACGAACCCCGUCUAGGUUUCCUAAUGGGUGAGGGUUAUAUUCAAAGCUUAAGACCUUCUAAAAGCUCUCCAUCCGUCGCUUCAGUCACGAGAGAAGCUCGCUCACAAGUUUGUACACAAGUACGUUCCUCGAGCGCAGCAUGACUGACAUGUUAAUACUCGUUCUGAGGGAGCAUGCACUGAUAUUUGUAUCCUAAUAAGAAGAACAUCCAGAUGAAGAUUGUAGAAUUGGAGAUUACGUCUGUGGCGGACAAAAUGGAGCAAGUGUCAGUCGAGCAGGAGGAGUUGUUUUCUCUGGUCAGUAAAGCUCAGAGUGGAAGAAUAGAUGACCAGCGCUGUGUCUUGGGUCCAACAACACGCCAACAAGAUCAUACCUGCAGCCCAGAUCCAGAUGAUUUUUUCCAGUUCCUGGUCAAGAGUCAAAGUCAGCGAUUAGACGACCAGCGGGUGACACUGAACUCAUUGCCAGGGAUGGAGGCGUUCACCAUCAAAGAUCCAAAAGAUGGACAUGUACUGAAGACUAACUUUGAUCAGAUUUGCAGCAUGGUCAGCAAAGCUCAUAGUCUCAAGAAACGCAACCCUCCAAAAAUGAGCCUGAACCCCGAGGCCCAGGGCUCUAUGAGAAGAUCAAGUUACAAUCCUCAAACUACUGCUGAUACAGACACUUACAACACUCUCACAACCAGAUCAGCCUCAUACAACCCUAUAUCAGACAAGGACAGAAUGGACUAUGAAAGUUGUCAACGUGAGCAGGACCAGCUGUUUUGUCUAGUUAGUCAAGCACAAAGUGGACGUAUGGAUGAACAACGCUGUUCAAUUAACCCUUUAUCACCUGGACAUAUGGAUAACAGCCAGUCAGAUCAAGAUGUCGAGAAGUUUUUUAAACUCAUUGCUAGCACCCAAAGUCGGCGGUUCGAUGACCAGCGGGCGACGCUAAACAAGCUGCCAGAGAUCACAUCGCCUCAUGGUAUGACUGCUCAGGAUUCAGAUCAGCUCUUCAGCAUGGUCUCCAGAAUUCAGGGCUCUCGGAUAGAUGAUCAGCGCUGCUCUGCUCCCAAAAUCCAGCUGGGGUCUCCUGCCCCCCCAAAGAAGUCUCAUUCUCAACCCGUAUCCCUGUCUGGAUCAGGCUCACCCACUAAAUCAGCCCAGAGAUCGGAAUCAUUCAGCCCCGCCUCUGAGGUACAAAAUUGCAUUGAUCAGGACCAGCUUUUUUCCCUGGUGCAUCAUGCACAGCAUCGGCGAAUGGAUGACCAGCGGUGCUCAUUUGAUCCCUUUAAAAAGACUUCCUCCUCUCCAUACGCUAGUCAAACAGCCGAAGAUCCUGAGCAGUUUUUCCAACUGGUGGCCAACUUUCAGAGCGGACGACUGGAUGACCAGCGCGUGACACUCAGCGCAUUGCCAGGCAUCCAGAACUCCAGCACUGGAACGAAGAGAGAGAACAAUAAAACAUUAGCCCCUAAAAUCACCCUGACCCCCGCGUCACCUGCUGCGCCAAAAAAAGUUUGUUCCAGUCCUUCCUCUCCCACUCUGAGCGUCAGUGAACCAGACACUCCUGUCAGGCCUCCCCUCAGAUCCGCCUCAUUUUCCCCCGAGAGAUUACUGCAUGAUGAUCUGUCUGCGCAGAUAUCGUUUCAGAUUUCCAUGUGCUUCCCUCCACAUCAGACGCAUGGACCAAAUAACCAGCCAUGUCCAUUCCCUGAAAUCUUCCUCACAAUCGGACAAUCGGGGGAGGCUAUAGUAAUUCCUCUCAGCCCUAGGGCUGGCAGACCGCUUUCUCUCAAUGUGAACCCACCCGGACAGCAUCGCUCCAGAUCUGCGUCUCCUCACAGGUCUCCUGCCAGUCAGGGACACUCGAGACCCUCUUCUCCACACCCAGGAAACAUGGUUAGUCCAAUGGCCCCAUAUGAGGACUACAUCUCUCUGAACCAAAGAGUCUACACCACUCAGCUGCAACAGAAUAAUGUACGGGACAGAGCAGAGCUGAACAAGGAGGCUAAGAAAGGAAAAGGCAAGAGUAGUGGAAAGAAAGAGAAAAAAGAGGGAAGCAAAGGAAAGAGAAAAUAGGAUGCUAUGCAUGUUCAUAUAUUCUGGUUUCACAUCACCUGGAUGAACGUCAGUAUUACAAAUAAGCUAAACUUGUUGGUUUUUAGAAAAAGUUUAUUUGCAUUUGAUGAUUUAAUUGAAAAAAAAUGAAAGUUUUAAUUACCAUGUUAAAAUAAGCUAUGUUCACACUGGAAUCUAACAUACCGUUUAGAAAUGUAUUCUGUAUGGUUUUAUUUCAUGGCUCAGGGUUUGAGUAAAAUGUCUGACUGAACUUCAUUUUAUUUGCGUGUCUGUAUUAAGUGAAGGUGUAAAUGUAGUUUUUUAUCUGCUGUGAUGGAUGAUCAAAUAGGCUUGUGCUGUUUCUGUCGUGUUUGAUAAUUUCUUGUGAAUUUAAUAAAUAAAUAUGU